GAGAAUAAAGUUAAAGUUAAGAAUUUAAAAUAUUAAAAAUGUAAUUUGUGUCCACACGAAUUACGAGUUGAAUUCAUUCAAUCAAACGUUACAACAGAAUGUGCCUUUUCUAGUUGUAUAUGUAGUAUUUACUUGUUCACACAAUCUGGUUCUUCCUCCCUUUCAUUUAGCAGCUUCUCCACCUCCUAGUCUUUUGUUUUAGUUCCCAUCUCGCAUCCUGCCCCUCCAGCCCUCUCUCUCAUAAUGCUCUUUCAAGAGAUAAAUACUUGGCUGCUGUUACUUCUUCUGCAGUGAUUGAGUUUCUUUCUUUUUCCUCAUUCAUAUUCCACCCCCACUGCAUGCUUUCAUUUCUUUGUAAACUUUGUCCACCCACAGCUACCUGUGUGUUUAUGGCUUAGAAUUAAAUUUCCUCCUGGCAAUCAUUUUCUAAGCAUAUGAGGGAAAUGUAUCCUGACGUUUUCUAGAACACUUUGGAAGAAAUAGAUUCUGUUUCUCUUUUCGUCUCUUAUGCACCAAUUAUCUACAAAAACGGUAUCUUACCUUGUAUCAUGAGGUUUUUGGGCACCAUGGCCAGUGUGUGAUGUAGGUUGAAAACAUUGUUUAAUAUGCAGGAAUAGCAGAGAAACUAGUUUUCUGUAAUGGUUACUGGUACCGAUGCAUGCUGGAACACAAAAGCACGACUCCGACACCGAUGAAAGAGACAGGUAGCUUUACUCAAGUUCAGGCAGGUUCAAAACCGGAAGAUCCGUCAGAAGGCAAACAAAUCCAGAAGGGCAGGCGAGGAAUCCGUAGACGAGGACAGGCAGGGUCGCAACCAGGAUGGCAAUAAGGCAGGCAAUCAAAUCGGAGUAGGAGCAGGCAUGGAAACAAAAGUAUAUUGGGCUAACUGGGAAAACACUGGAAAAAGUGGCAAAUACACAAGACAAUCUGGCAGGCAACAACCGAACGUGACAGGCUUAAAUGACCUAUCUCCUGGGAAUCAUAAUAUCCAUAUGUGGCAAUAUCCUCAUCAGCAUUUCACUUAACAUACAGAAAUAUGCCCACGUCCGUCAGUCUCAGCGAGACUCUAAGCCGUACUACACGUCCGCGGUGUGGUGGUGCGGCGUGGCUCUCAUGGGGAUCGGGGAGCUGGGAAACUUUGCCGCCUACGGCUUCGCCCCAGCAUCGCUCAUAGCCCCCCUGGGCAGUGUGUCUGUCAUAGCCAGCGCUGUCAUAUCUGUGAUUUUCCUCAAGGAGACGGUGCGUGUCUCUGACGUUGUUGGUGGAAGCCUAGCAAUAACGGGCACCUACGUCCUGGUGACCUUUGCCCCCCACACCAUCACACACAUCACAGCCCAUCUGAUCCAGUACUACAUCGUCAGCUGGUACUUCGUGCUUUACCUUUCCCUAGAGGUGCUUUUAUUUUGCAUCCUGCUCUACGUGUACAAGAAGAGGAAUGUGAAGCACAUCGUCGUGGUGAUGCUGCUGGUGGCCCUGCUCGCCUCUCUGACAGUCAUCUCAGUCAAAGCCGUGUCAGGAAUGAUCACAGAGACAAUAAAAGGCCAGCUGCAGUUCAUCUACCCCAUCUUCUACGUCAUGCUCGUCAUCAUGAUUGCCUCCUGCGCCUUCCAGAUCAAAUUUCUCAAUCAGGCAAUGAAAAUGUUUGACGCCACCGAGGUGGUUCCUAUCAACUUUGUGUUUUUCACUGCCAGUGCCAUUGUAGCAGGGAUAGUGUUUUACCAGGAAUUUGAAGGCUUGGCGUUACUAAACAUUUUUAUGUUUCUUUUUGGCUGUCUGCUGUCUUUUCUGGGAGUUUUCCUGAUAGCCAGAAACAGGCCAAAAAUAAAGCAACAGGAUCCAGAUUUUAUCGCAUUGGAUAAGAUUCCAAGCAGAAGCCACACAGACAAAGUGCAGCCGGAGGCCAACACUCAGACAUACGGAUCGCUGGCAGCCAAACUCAUGUGCAACAGCGCCAGCCGGACCCGCCACAACUCCUAAGAGCGGCUCCAUUGGGACUGGGCCUUUGGGGGGGGGAUCUGUAUGUGUGCAAUAAUAGCUUUAUUUAUUAAUUCCCAGUUGGCGACCACAUUAUAUUUUUGAAAAUCAAAUCUAAAUAUUUCUUUAAAUAUCCCAUACGUGUCUAGAGUUAAAAAGGUAUAGGCAGCAUUGUUACGAGAUGAAGUCAAUUUGAAAAAAAGUUCAAGGCGGUCACUCUGAUGUCUGUCUUCCAAUAUAACAUGCGUGUUAAGUUAAUCAAUUAGUUAGUUUUCAGUUUUCAAUAAACAAAGACACAAUCUGA